AUGUUCAGACUUGGCCGUAGCCCCCGCGCCCUGGCGUCGGCCCUCAACGCCUCCAAGAUUGUCCCUUCGGCCAGGUUCCCCGGUGUCGCUCAGCAACGACGGGCCCUGAGCAUUCACGAGUACCUUUCUGCCGACCUCCUGCGACAGUAUGGAGUCGGCGUUCCCAAGGGCUCUGUAGCCAAGUCGGCCGAGGAGGCCAAGGCGGUGGCCAAGGAUAUCGGAACCGAGGACAUGGUCAUCAAGGCUCAGGUUCUCGCCGGCGGCCGUGGCAAGGGAACGUUUGACAAUGGCCUCAAGGGCGGCGUGCGCGUAAUCUACUCGCCUCACGAAGCCGAGAUGUUUGCCCAACAGAUGAUUGGCCACAAGCUCAUCACCAAGCAAACGGGCGCCGGCGGCCGUCUGUGCAACGCCGUGUACAUCUGCGAGCGCAAGUUUGCCCGUCGCGAGUUCUACCUGGCCAUCCUCAUGGACCGCGCCUCGCAGACGCCCGUCAUCGUGUCGUCGUCGCAGGGAGGCAUGGACAUUGAGACGGUGGCCAAGGAGACGCCCGGGGCCAUCAUCACCACCUACGUCGACAUCAACAAAGGCGUGACGGACGACGUUGCGCGCGGCAUCGCCAGCAAGCUCGGCUUCAGCGAGCAGUGCGUUGAAGACGCCAAGGACACCAUCCAGAAGCUCUACAAGAUCUUCCUCGAGCGCGACGCCACGCAGAUUGAGAUUAAUCCCCUGUCAGAGACGUCGGACCACCAGGUGCUGUGCAUGGACGCCAAAUUUGGGUUUGACGACAAUGCCGAGUUCCGCCAAAAAGAGGUAUUUGAGUGGCGCGACACGACGCAGGAGGACCCGGACGAGGUGCGGGCAGCGCAGUCGGGCCUCAACUUUAUCAAGCUGGACGGUGACAUUGGCUGCCUGGUCAACGGCGCGGGCCUGGCCAUGGCCACCAUGGACAUCAUUAAGAUCAACGGCGGCCAGCCGGCCAACUUUCUCGACGUCGGAGGCGGUGCGACGCCGGCGGCCAUCAAGGAGGCGUUUGAGCUGAUUACGAGCGACGCCAAGGUGACGGCCAUUUUCGUCAACAUCUUUGGCGGCAUUGUGCGGUGCGACCACAUUGCCAACGGCCUCAUCAAGACGGCCGAGACGCUCAACCUCAAGAUCCCCAUCAUUGCGCGGCUGCAGGGGACAAACGUGGAGCAGGCGCACAAGCUGAUUAACGAGUCGGGGAUGAAGAUCUUUUCCAUUGACGACCUGCAGAGCGCGGCAGAAAAGGCGGUGCAGCUAUCCAAGGUGGUGAAGCUGGCCCGCGAUAUUGACGUUGGCGUCGAGUUUUCCUUGGGUAUCUAG